AGGCGGAGCCGGUGCGCGGGCAGGUGAGCGGGCAGCCCGGCCCAGCCCCGGCUCCUGCCCGCGCCGCCGCGAUGCUCUGAGCCUUCCGGAGCACGGAGGAGAUGGAGCCUCUGGAGGCGAACAGCAGCUGCAGCAACGGGUCUCUGCUCACCCUUUCGUGCCUUUCCCACCGGGUUGUGUGCCAAGUGAUUGGCAAUGCUGACCCUGUCUGGGACAAUGGGACUUCGGAUAACUCCUGGGUAACCCGGCUAGAAACCAGUUAUGGAUUCUACAUUGGCCUGGGCUUGGCUGUCUUCUCCAGCUUCCUCAUCGGAAGUAGUGUCAUCCUCAAGAAGAAGGGGCUGCUGCGGCUGGUGGAGAAGGGAGGCACCAGGGCAGGAAGCUUUCUUUGUCGCAUUCUUCCUCUUGCAAUUUACAUCUCUACAAAAGGCUGUUUCCCAUCUCUUGCUCUGAAGAACACAGUUGUUAACUCCUGCAUAUCUGUGUGCUUUGCUUCCCCAGGAGAUGGAGGCCAUGGUUACCUAAAGGACUGGCUCUGGUGGGCUGGCUUGUUAACCAUGGGUGGAGGGGAAGCUGCCAACUUUGCUGCCUAUGCCUUUGCUCCUGCAACGAUUGUGACGCCUCUGGGGGCUCUGAGCGUUCUCAUAAGUGCCAUCCUAUCUUCAUAUUUGCUUGGAGAACGGCUCAACAUGCUGGGAAAGCUGGGCUGCAUGCUGAGCCUCGUGGGCAGCACUGUGAUGGUGAUACAUGCCCCAGAGGACGAGGAGGUCACCACUCUGGAUGAAAUGUCUUCUAAGCUGAAAGAACCAGGUUUCCUUGCUUACGCUGCGAUCCUCUUGGCUGUCUGCUUCCUCCUGAUCUUCUACUUCGCACCCCGCUAUGGACAGAGCAACAUCCUCAUCUACCUCACCAUCUGCUCUGUUAUUGGUGCCUUCUCCGUGUCCUCAGUCAAGGGCCUGGGGAUUGCCAUUAAAGGCUUCUUUGCCGGCCAGCCUGUGCUGCAGCACCCAUUGACGUGGAUCCUAGUCGUCACGCUGGUGGCAUCCAUCACCACACAAAUUAACUACCUCAAUAAGUCUCUAGACAUUUUCAAUACAUCUUUGGUGUUUCCCAUCUACUACGUGUUGUUCACCACCAUCGUCAUUACAACUUCCGUCAUCCUCUUUAAGGAGUGGGUCACCAUGACUGUUGUUGACAUCAUUGGGACAGUUUGUGGCUUCCUCACCAUCAUUUUGGGGGUGUUUUUACUCCAUGCCUUUAAAGACAUGGAUGUCAGUUUAGGAAAUCUACCACAGGUCCUCCAGGAUGGGCAGCAAGCGCCAGUCACCCGAGAUGACAAGAACAUCCUGAUAGAGGUGGACAACUCCAGCAUUGCCCCAGAGGAUAAACCCAAAGCACUUGCAUGAGCUCCAGAAUACACACCAGUAUCUCUGACAGCAUGGAUGUUACCUGGACUCUUGCACACGGGUCACCUUCAAACCCCCCUUGGAUUUCUGUCAGUGGUGAAGAUGAAGCUAUGUGAGAAAUAACAUUUUAAUCUGGAAGGUGAAAAAGGGAGGUACUGCUGCAGUUAAGUUUUUCUCAUCCUGCUGCAAACGGAGAUUUGAGCACAUCUUCUCACAAUAAAUCCCAAACAGGGAGCAGCAAGGCCUGAGCCAGCUUUGUCAGGCUGGCUUGAUCCAGAGGCAGCUGUGGCUGGGCUAGCCCUGGAGGACUGAUGCUGUCUGAGAUGCUGAGCUUAUUAUACCUGGGUCUGAGCAUCGCUGAGCAAAUGCAACAUGGGUUUGGGGGGUGGGAAUAUGCAAUCUCUUGUAACAACAUUUCAAUUAUAUUUUUUUGGAAUGUGGAAAACGAAAUAAAGGCUUUUUCUAAAAAAAAAAGAAGAAAAAAAAAAAAAA